UCAGCAGCGGCAGCGGCACUCGGAGACGAGCAGCUCGGAGAUCCGACGUCGCGGGUCGAGCUGGAGUCGGUCGGUGACAUCAUCAGCAGGUGACAGCCGUCCCAUGGGCCCCUGCUGACCCGGGGGUUGCCAUGGGAGACGGGUCCGACCCAGAAUGCCGAGCGCAGGAGCUGUUCGACGAGUUCGUGUCGGCGCCGACCUGCAGGGCGGCGCUGCGCUGCUUCGGCCAGCUAUGCGAGCACCUGCAGCUGGACCGCGGCGCCGCCGAGCGGCCGCUGUACCGGCCAAUCAAGCAGCGGCUCAACUACUGGAGGGCCAACGCGCUCUGGGCCAAACUGGACCGGCGGGCGGCGCAGCCGGAGUACCGGCGGGCCCGGGCCUGCAGCAGCCUGACGUGCGUGGUCAUAGGGGCGGGGCCCUGCGGCCUGAGGACGGCGGUGGAGCUGAGCUUCAUGGGGGCCCGGGUGGUGGUUCUGGAGAAGCGGGACUCUUUCUCCCGGAACAACGUGCUGCACCUGUGGCCCUUCACCAUCCACGACCUGCGGGGCCUCGGCGCCAAGAAGUUCCACGGAAAGUUCUGCGCCGGCGCCAUCGACCACAUCAGUAUCCGGCAGCUGCAGCUAGUGCUGUUGAAGGUGGCCUUGCUGCUGGGCGCAGAGGUUCACGUGAACGUGGAGUUCAGGCAGCUGACGGAGCCGCCGGAGGACCAGAGGACAAGCAAGGUGGGCUGGAGGAUGGAGGUCAGUCCCAAGUCUCACCUUCUCAAUCAGCUGGAGUUUGACGUCGUCAUCGGAGCAGACGGACGCAGGAACACGCUGCCGGGGUUCAAGCGUAAAGAGUUCCGAGGGAAGCUAGCCAUCGCCAUCACGGCCAACUUUAAAAACAGAAACACGUCAGCCGAGGCCAAGGUGGAGGAGAUCAGCGGCGUGGCUUUCAUCUUCAACCAGAGGUUCUUCCAGGAGCUGCGGCAGGAAACCGGGAUCGACCUGGAGAACAUCGUGUACUAUAAAGACGACACGCACUACUUCGUCAUGACGGCGAAGAAACAGAGUCUGCUGGAGAAAGGGGUCAUUCUUCAGGACUUUGCCGACACUGAGCUGCUUCUCAGUCGGAAGAAUGUGGACCAGGAUGCAUUGCAGGUGUACGCCCGCGAGGCCGCCAACUUCUCCACAAAUCACCAGCUGCCAUUUCUGGACUUCGCCAUGAACCACUACGGCCAGCCGGACGUCGCCAUGUUCGACUUCACCUCCAUGUACGCGUCAGAGAACGCCGCCAUGGUGCGCCAACGCCGCGGACACCCGCUGCUGGUCACGCUGGUGGGAGACAGCCUGCUGGAGCCCUUCUGGCCGAUGGGGACGGGUGUUGCCCGAGGGUUCCUGGCGGCUUUGGAUUCUGCCUGGAUGAUACGGAGUUGGGGCCAAGGUGGAGCUCCUCUGGACGUCCUGGCGGAGAGGGAGAGUCUGUACCGCCUCCUCCCUCAGACGACUCCAGAGAACAUGCAGAAGAACAUCACCUUGUACAGCGUAGAUCCAGCCACCAGGUACCUGAACCCCAGCCUGCUCAGCGUCACACCUGCCCAGGUGAGGCACCUGGUGGAUACAGGUGAGGAGGCGGGGCCAAAUGCAAACUUCAGCAGUAUUACCCACCUGUCGUCGCCGAAACAUCUGAACGAAGAGACCGCCUGGCGGUCCAAUCAGCUGCUGGCGUGGUGCCGGGAGCAGACCCGCGGUUACCGUGGCGUCGCCGUCGGCGACCUCACCUCGUCCUGGACGGACGGCCUCGCCCUGUGUGCCCUUAUCCACCGUCACCGACCCGCUCUGAUAGACUUCGACUCUCUCAGCGAGUCGGCGAAGGAGGAAAACAUCCGACUGGCCUUCAACGUGGCCGAGCGAGAGUUCGGGAUCUCGCCGCUGACGACGGUGGAGGAGAUGACGUCCGUCGCCGAGCCGGACUCUCUGUCCAUGGUCAUGUACCUGAGUCAGUUCCACCAGCUGCUCGGAGACUCGCCGCCCCCUGCUGGCUGCCUGGGUCGGAGCGCGGACCUGAGGUCGGCCCUGCUGGCUCCAGCAUCCCUCCUCAGCAGACUGGGAUCCAGUCCGUCUCGGAAGAGAAAGGAUCACAGCGACGCUCUCGGCAAGAGGAGGAGGACGAGUGAGGCGCUAGAAGAGAUCCAGGAGUCAUGUGACCCGGACAGCGGCGCCGGGGAGGCGUUAGUGGGCGGGGCCAGCCGGUCCAGGGUCCGUCUCAUGGCCAAUCAGCUGCAGGCCAAGCUGGACGAGGGCUCGGCCAGGACUUCUUCCUCUUCUGCUGCUGCGGCCAUUCGUCAGCAGGGGGAGCCGUCGGCCAACUCCCCUCCCGCGCCGGAGUCCCCGGAAAGUCAGCCGGCGUCGUCAUGGAGACCGAGGAAACGGACUCUUCAGCAGGAGCAGAUGAGCUUCCGGUUCAAGGAGCGGAUCCGGAACCAGGACGGAUCCGGCCAGGACGAGCAGUGUCUCCAGAUGUACACCGGCGGAGUGAGCUCAUUGGCCGAGCAGAUCACCAGUCGCAUCCAGAGCCAGCAGGAGGUUGCCGUGGCGUCCACCGGCUGCAGUGACGUCUGCGUCUUCUGCCACCGCCGCGUCUACCUGAUGGAGCGUCUCAGCGCUGAAGGUCUCUUCUUCCACCGGAGCUGCUUCCUGUGCGACUCCUGCGGCGCCGCGCUGCGGCCGGCGUCCUGCACCUACGACCGGCGAGCAGGGAGGUUCUACUGUCCUCAGCACCCCGACUGUGGACGGGGCGCCGCGGUGGUGAGGAAGAGACUCCUCCUCUCUGGAUCCCAUCAGACAUCAACGGCGUCCCUGAACUCUCUCCCGUCCCUCCCGGAGUCCGUGUCCUCGGCUGGGCACCGCCGGUCCUCAGCUGCGUCGCUGAUGGCGGCGACGCCGGAGAGGAUCGAGCUGGAGGCGGGGCCGGGGGCGGGGCCGUGGGCGGAGCCAGAGGAGGUUUCCGAGGAGACGCUGACGCGCUACAACCUGAGCGGGGAGCCGGAGACGCGACGCAGCUCUGAGUCUGUAAAAGUCUGGGAAGAGAUAGAAGAGGAGGAGGAGGAGGAGGAAGAGGAGGAGGGUGAGGGAGCUGCUCAGCAUGUCACCGCUGAGGCCACAGCUGCAUCGAGGGGAGCUAUGGUCCUCCCGACUGAUGAUGAAGAGGAGGAUGAAGAGGGGGAUGAAGAGGAGGAGGAUGAAAAUGAGGAGGAGAGCGAAGCCGAGGAGGAGUCGGAGUCCAGUGACGAGGGGGAGUACCGCCCCUGGGAGGAGGAGCGUCGCUCCAGGCUCCUCCCACUGGAGGAGGGGGAGGAGUCAGGAGAGGAGGAGUCUUGUCCUCCCGUCUCCGACACACCUGUGGAGUCUGACUCCGCCUCCCUGCACCGCGGCUCUGUGACUCCGCCCACCGCGGCCACGCCCUCCACCGCCUCCUUCAUCACCCCGCCCGGCUCCGCCCUCGAGCUGGAGCUCGCCGGGGAACCGCUGUCGCCCGUCGUCGUCGCGGAAACGCCCGCUGCCGAAGCUGCAGGUAGAGGGCGGGGCUUGUUUGAUGACAUCACCCCCGAACUCCCACAGAAGGUGUCAGGUGACCAGGAGGAGGAGGAGGAGGAGGCGGAUCCGUCAGCAGGUGUAAAGAACAGAAGGAAGAGGAACCGAGGGGCUCGUAGUCUCCCCCCCCGCCUGCUGCCCCCCCAUCUGCAGGCCGGGGGCGGGGCUCUGCUGCUCCACCUGAAGGGGCUGCGCGAGGCUCCGCCCCCUGGACAGGUGGACCUGGGUGGAGGCGGAGCCAGGGCCCUGUGGAAGGCCGUGUUCCCCGGAAACAAGAAGGAGCAGAAGAAGAAGAUCAGGACUUUACCUGCGGAGACGAAGAUGAAGACGAAGAGGAGAACGGCAGGGGAGGAGUCUGACCUGGACUCCACCACUCUGCUGCAGAGAUGCUCGCUGGACCCCAGGAACAACCUGAAGCUGGAUCUGCUGGGACUCGUGUCGGAGAUCCAGAAGGUCACCGUGGAGGAGGAGGAGGAAGAGGAAGACCAGGAGCAGGCGUAUGUCCCUCACGCGCUGGCGUUCAAGCGUUCCUACGGCAUCAAGAGGCAGCGGCUGAGGGACGGGGUCCGGGUCUCCGGGGGACGGUCCGUGUCCUCCACCGAGGUCGUGGGCGUUCUGGUGGCGCCGCGGGAGCCGUCCAGCCUGAGCACGAGGGACAGCAUGUUCCAGACAGGACCGGAGGACCAGGACCCGGACCUGGACCCGGACCGGGACCUGGACGCCAGAAUCACCCGGCGGGUCCAGCGGGCGGCUCGGAGGCAGGCCAAGCACGAGCAGCUGAAGAGGCUGCACAAGGCCCAGAUGAUCCAGAGGCAGCUGCAGCAGGUGGAGGAGAAGCAGCGGCAGCUGGAGGAGCAGGGGGUUCUGGUGGAGAAGGCUCUGAGGGGGGAGGCAGACUACUGGGACGACUCCGGCGACAGCCCUGACGUGGAGCUCCACCUGGGAGGACUGGGUCGCCUGGACAACCCGGCGCUGAUGCAGCAGUGGUUCCAGCUGGUCCAGCAGAAGAACUCUCUGGUCCGGUACGAGUCCGAGCUCAUGAUCUUCGCCCGCGAGCUGGAGCUGGAGGACCGCCAGAGCCGGCUGCAGCAGGAGCUCCGGGAGCGGAUGGCCGUGGACGACCACCUGAAGGACGAGGAGCAGCUGGCGGAGGAGCGGCUGAUCCUGGAGGAGAUGUUGGAGGUGGUGGAGCAGAGGAACGCCCUGGUGUCCCUGCUGGAGGAGCAGCGGCUGCAGGAGCGCCAGGAAGACCAGGACCUGGAGCAGGUGGUGAUGGCCGCGGGCCUGGGACUCAGCUGGGCCUGAAACUGGUCCUGAAACUGGUCCGGAGACCAGCAGAACUUGACUUUCAGAAAAAAACACACGUCACGUCUUUAUCGUCUCGGAGCCAAAUGAGGACCUGGAGGUGCUGCAGCCGUUAGCCCCCGAGCUAACGUGCUAAAACAGUUUUUAUUGUUGUUUUGUUUUUUAACCUUUGGAAGCAGAAAGACGAGAUGAAUCAUAACGAUGUCUGAGGUUUUUUAAAAACGUCUUAUUCUUUCAGCUACUGGAUCCAAAUGCUAACACGCUAACGCCGGCCUGGAUGCUAACGGAUAAUAAUGGAGAAAACACUUAAUUGAUCUGUUUCCGAUCGAUAGGGGGGUAUUUUAUCACAUUUUAUUCGUACAGGAGAAGUUGAGGUCCAGACGCCGUCAUGGUGGUGGUUUACUGGUUAUAAUAGGGCUUGGUCGUCUUGACGUCAUCACCUGGCAGAGCCGCCAUAUUGGAAGCUAACUUAGCUGCACUUCGGACCAUUGCGACUGUGUACAGACGUGCUCCCUCUCCGUUGUGUUUUAGCCUACUUGUAAUCGUUACUUUCCGUUAUUCUGUAAACCAUCGUAAACCGUUGCUGUGUUGUAGCUGCAGCAGCUCCACACAUAACACACCUGGGGAAAAGGUCGCAAAUGGUUUAACUUUUCACCGCUUUCCUGCUCCGAGGCAGAACCACAGAGGCCGGCCAAGUAUCUGAGAUAACAGAGUAAAAGAGUCGUCGACUCGCUUGGAUCGCAGCUGUAAGACGACCAAACAUAACCUUCCACAGUAAACCCCAAACAAACACUCACACAGACCAGGGUUGGAUCAUUCACACAGGUUUUAUUCCCCACUUCUCCAGCUAAACGCAGUUGCUGGCCAGCUCUCUGCGGUGUGAUUAACCCAAAUCUUCAGAUAAAACUAGUUUGUUGAGGAAAAAAUAUUAACUCUAUUUGUAGCUGCAGAGGAAAAAAAUAAUCCCAUGAGGAAAACAAAAAUAUGGCUCUUGCCUCGGGGCCUCUUCCGCAUAAUAUAGCGGUCAAAAAAAAGAAAAGAAAAAAGUAAGAGCAUGUACUGUAUGUUGUACUAUUAUACUCAUUUAUUGAAACACAUGGCGAGUCAAACAUUUACCAAAGCAGUGCCGACGAGGAGCUCCAUUCUUUAGUAAGGAUUUCAUAUGGAUCCAAACCGUUAAUAAUCAUUAUUUUCUCCAUAUACCGGUCCCUGGCUUCCUUGUUUAAGGUAUCCCGGUAAAUCCUAGUUCCUUUCUGGCAUUUUAACAUUUUUUUUUUGCGUUCCGUCUGUUCACUUGGUGCUACUACACUGCUGUUUGUUUACACUCACAACGCUGCCAAAAUGGCCGCUGCGUCCCAGAAUGCACCUUGGCGACCAAGCCCUAUAGUUCAUCCAUGUCAUGUUAGACCAGCACACAUAGUCCUGAACGGUCGGGACCGGGUUCAAGAACAUUCUCACGCUGGAUUAGCUCUGAACUGACCCCAUGUGACCCGUUUGACCCGGUUUGGGUUUCAUAUUACAGCCAGACGGCCAGAUAUUGGAAGAUUCAGCCAAGCGCUAACGUCAUAACUUACUAACGGGUCUGCAGAAAAACUGAAGUUCCUCUACUGACCACUAGGGUCUGGAUUCGGACAUCAGAAACAAACAUCUUUACAGUCUGGUUCAGGAACAGUUUUGGUCUCCAUGGUUACGCUGUUGCCCAUAAAUAAAACUAAAUAAAAAGAGGAAAGCUCCUGGAAACAGAAUAAUUCCAAUAGCUACAUUGGAGAGCUACAUGUUUCUGUACCACAUCUGGUAAAUAUUGAUAAAUAAGGAUUUAUGUCUGAUUAGGACGGCGGGGAGUUUGAUUGACGGCUAGCCUAGCCGGUUAGCACUCAUCACUUUUGCUGCUUUGAGCGGUAAAUAAACACACGACUAUAUCUUAAAGAAAAUAUCUAAACUUUAUUGGGAAACCCGCCUGUUAAAGCAGUUCGCAGAACAAAGCGCAAAAAAAUGUGACGCAGAAAAACAAAUUAAAUUAAAAUUAAUUUAGCCAUAAAUAUAGUUUAAAUAAAAAGAUGAAAUCUACCUAUAUCGGAUGUCGUAGAAACUGGUGCAUUUGGUUAAAACCACCACUGAAGUUCACACUCCUGUUAAACGGCCAUGAGCAUGCUGGGAAACUCAAUAUAACGGAUUUAAAGUGCUUCACAUCUCUUUUACGUCUUUUGGAAACUUUUCCACGUGAAUGUGAACAAGUUGAGUAGUUUGUAGAGAGUCAGAAGACGUGCAUGCUGAGCGCCGGACCGCAGCCAAUCAGAGGGCAGGGGCAUCCCGGAGGGGGCGGGGGUUAGCUUUGAGUGACAGCAGCAGAACCAGAGAUUCUGACUGAUUAAUGAGGAACUCGAGGUCCGUUUGGAUCGGUCCAACUUACUCUGGGUUGGACUUAUUGAUGACUGAUCGUGCCAUCGGCUGACGAUCACCUGCGUGCCUUAACUUCCUGCCUCACCUGACGUGACAUGUGAUCGUAUUAACGCUGUAACGGAUCACGUGACUGAUCAGGUCACGUUUGUAAUGAAACUGUGUGACGUUAAUAAAAGUUUCCAGCUUCAGUCGUUUGUGAGAAACUUUAACAUGUUUUUUUUCUGCUUUGAACCUCAAAUUAAAGUGGAUUUGUGUCGA